GCUCGGCGCUCUCUCUCCCGGCCUGCUCGGUGACUCUGCGGUGGAUUAGUUCGAUCUGUUCUCCGGUGUGUUGACGCUGUUUCUCCGUUAGCAUCGCCGCUGUUCCUCCGUUCUAUCUCCAGCUAACCGGUGGAAACGUUAACCAACGUGUCUCCUGGAUAAAUAACCACCGAGCCGAACAUGUCCACCGCGCUGGAGAGCUACAUCAACCGUACUGUGGCCAUCGUCACUUCAGACGGCAGAAUGAUUGUGGGCACGCUGAAGGGUUUCGAUCAAACCAUCAACCUGAUCCUGGAUGAGAGCCACGAGCGGGUGUUCAGCUCCAGUCAGGGCGUGGAGCAGGUGGUGCUGGGACUCUACAUCGUCAGAGGAGACAACGUGGCCGUGAUCGGAGAGAUCGACGAGGAGACGGACUCCACUCUGGAUUUAGGAAACAUCAGAGCCGAGCCGCUCAACUCUGUCGCCCACUGACCUCUGACCCCCCCCCAGGAGUCUGUUUACUGAUGCAGGUUUGCUGAGUCAUCUGGAUCAGCUAAGCCCUCCCUGAAAUCUGAUGUGUAAUUAGACUAUAAAUUACCCAGAAACCUCAGUAAACCUUCUGCCGCUAACAGACUCCUGCGCUGACAUUUUUCUGUUUGUAUUUUUUUAUAAAUAAAGAUUUGCUAGACUUGUUAGAAUAACUUUUUUAUGCUACGAGUGAGUUUUUGUCAGAUUGCGAUUUGUUUAAAUAAAGUUUAAAAUCUAA